CGCUAUAGCUGUGAUUUUAGACCCAGGAUACAAGUUCAACUUUAUUGAAUGGUGCUACAAGAAACUAUAUGGAGAACUUGGGAACGUUGAGUCCAUGAAGUUGAAGGAUGGCAUGUUUGCUCUUUAUGAACAUUACUUGAAUGCUAGUCAUCAAUUUCCAAGUUCAUCAUCUUCCACAUCAUCCAACAAGGCCAAGAUGCCAAGCAUGAAUGAAGAAGUUGCUCAAUCUUCAACAUUUAAAGAUAUAUUGAUGGAAUUUGAUUCAUUUGAAAGUGUGGAAACUACACCACGAAAAACACAAUUGGUGCUUUAUUUGGAGGAUCCUAGAAUUGAUAGAAAAACUAAGUUGAAUGCAUUGACAUUUUGGCAAGCUAACCAGUAUCGAUAUCCACAAGUUGCGGCAAUAGCAAGACAUGUUCUAUCUAUUCCAAUCUCCACUGUUCUUGAUCAAUAUAGGAGUUCCGUGAAGCCUGAUAUUAUUGAAGCAUUGAUUUGUACUAGAGAUUGGUUAUAUGGAGAUCAAGAGUUGCAACUGCAAACAAGGAGCUUGAAGAACUCACAGACAACAUCAUGGAUCUCAAUAUCAAUGGCAAAGAUGAAAAGGAAGAGGAUCUUUCAUCAUCAAAUUCCAUCAAAGCAUGAUUUCUAUUUUAUUGUGUUAAAAAGACUUGUGUAACCGUAAGAAUUGUUUCAAAGUUGUUUUGAACUUGUUGUUAAAAAUUAUUUUGAAUUUGUUGUGAACUUCUGA